AUGCUUGCUGUGCUUCCCAUCGAAAUGGCGUUGAAAAUACCUUUCCGGCUGUCUGGGUGCACCUUAAGGACAACGCUUUCUCCUGCUUCAUUCACUUCACGGAGCUGUAGUAGCUUGAGGGUGGAACACGACCGACUGAAUCGCCGCUUCACGGUCUCUCCUGGCAGCGGGGCAGGGCCCCAGGAUCAGGCAGUUCUGCUCUACAGGUUCACUGCGGACAAGCAGGUGGACCUCAUGUCCACGUUUGUACCCGAGACCUUUCGGGGUCAAGGUGUCGCAGCGCUGCUCUCAAAGGCUGCCAUGGACUUCCUGGCGGAAGAGGACCUGAAGGCUAACGUGUCCUGUUGGUACAUACAGAAGUUCAUUGAUGAACACCCACAGAACAAGUACCAGGAUCUGCUGCUGAACGACUGAGUCGAAUGUCACCACAGAAACCUACCUCCUUCUGAACACUUGAAUUUCACAGAAAAAAAAUGGUCUAAAUCCCAGGUUUGACGGGUUAUAAUCGAGACUGAAAUGUAAACACAAACUUGUGAUCAAAGACGGAUCAGAUCAAGUCUGACUCCUGGAGUACCGACCCGGAGAUGACAGGCCUGAGUUUAGACCUUGUUUUAGAGGACAUUAUGAAUACGUCAUAUACAUUUGACUAUGUAGCGGCGUUGAUGGUUUUGCUUAAUUUUAAUAAAAGAAAUGCAAUUAUACCUGCAUGUUUCAAACACUGAGAUCCUUGACAGCAGA